AUGGCCUACCAACAACCACCCUACAAGUUCGAGCGUCUCGACAAAGACAAAGCGAUCCUGCUGAUCGUCGACCACCAACUAGGCCUUCUGCAGCUCGUCAAGGACUACACCACUGCCGAGUUCCGCAACAAUGUCCUCGCCCACGCCGAGCUGGGGAAGCUCUUCGACCUACCGACCAUACUGACGACCUCUGCCGAGACUGGCCCCAACGGCCCUCUGCCCAAGGAAAUCACAGACAUGUACCCCAACGCCCCCUUCAUCAGGAGAAACGGCGAGGUCAACGCCUGGGACAACCCUGACUUCCGCGCCGCCGUGGAAGCCACAGGCCGCAAGCAAGUCAUCCUGGGCGGCAUCGUCACAGAGGUGUGCACCAUGUUCCUGGCACUCAGUCUGAGAGAGGCCGGGUACUCGGUGUGGGCGAAUACUGAAGCCAGCGGAACGGCGACGCCCAAGCUGGCCGAGGAUGCGAACCGGAGGAUGGAGAAUGCUGGCGUGCACUUGACUGGCAUGUUCGGCAUUGCCAUGUUCCUGAUGAAGGACUGGCGAAACACGCCCGGCACGGCCGAAGUGCUUCCGUACUUGGACAAGUACUUCCCGGCCUAUGGCAUCGUCGCCCGAAGUCACGGCUCGGCAAAGAAAUUCGGCGACAUAGUCCCCGGAGAGGAACAGUUACUGUGA